AUGGGAACUCGAUUGAAGUUCAGCACUACAUAUCAUCCAGAGACAGAUGGUCAGACUGAGAGAACAAAUCAGAUCUUGGAAGAUAUGUUGAGGGCAUACCUGAAGCGGAGGGACAUUGAGUUCGAAGUGGGUGAUCAUGUGUUUCUUCGAGUGACACCACGAAAAGGACUCUCAGUGAAGAGAUUUGGUAAGAGAGGGAAACUAAGUCCUAGAUAUGUUGGUCCAUUUCAGAUAUUGGAUAGAGUGGGCAGUGUAGCUUAUAGAAUAGCUUUACCGCCAUCAUUAUCUGGGGUGCACAAUGUAUUUCAUGUAUCUCAACUCCGGAAAUAUGUGUCAGACCCAUCGCAUGUUUUGAGCUAUGAAACACUGGGUUUGCAGGAAGAUUUGUCCUACAAUGAACGUCCGGUAAAGAUUCUUGAUCAAAAGGAUAGGAUUUUGAGAAAUAAGACAAUCACCUUGGUGAAAGUCCUAUGGAGAAACAGCGUGGUUGAGGAAGCUACUUGGGAGCUAGAGUCUGAUAUGCGAGAACAAUAUCCAGAAUUAAUUGAGUAA